AAGUUAAGAUAGUUACGAUAGUUGAGAUCACUAUCCUGACAUCAUACAAAUGUAAACAUUUGUCUGCUUCUGAUUACAUGUCUAUGACAGCCUUGGUGUAAGGCAACAUGAAACAACCAGAUCAUCCAAUUCACAUUUUUCAAUGAUAAGGGCUGCUAUCAGUUGGGAUACAGUCAGAUUUUGAACCACUGGAAUUUUUUAGGAUCUGACUAACUGGACUCGGGCAGAUUUUUUCUCUCCAGAAGAUUGUCAUCCUAUCAAAGCCUAGAUAUCUGUCUGCAUAAUAUGACAACAGGUCAUGGAGAACCCUGUGAUACUGAUCAGAGUCUUUUCUGUCUGAAUGGAGGUGUAUGUUACAUGGUACCUUCAGUUUCCAGUCCUUUCUGCAGAUGUAUUGGAAUAUACACUGGUGUCCGCUGUGAAGCAAUUUUACUGUCUAGUGAGAAAACUCAGCCCCAAAGUGAUUCAUUUAUUCAUUUAUUUGUGUUGGCCAUUUUCAUGGGGCUCUUUUUCCUUGGUUUUAUCUGCUGCCUUUGUCGAAACUAUAGGAGAAAACUGAAUAAUCAAAGUGGAGAGGAGCUGUAAACAAGACACCAAUGGCUUCCAGGAAAGUUACAAAAUAUGUAUAAGUACAUGAAAGAUGCAGCCUCGACCAAAAAAAACAUCUAAAUAGGACAUCCUUUUCUAGGUGACUGAAGACAAUCAUGGGUGGAUCGUUGAGCAGAGUUCUGUUAGAAAAAAUGUUGCCUCACACUAUGAAUUGAUCAUUUUGUUGAAAAAAUGUGUUCUUCCCUUUGGGAAAAUGCCUGAAAACACUUGCUGUGCUUCUCAAAGAACUGUUGAUUGUAUAACAGACUGCU